CACCGUCGCAAAAUAGCUAUUAGCACAUGUCUGACGGCCUGCUAGGUAGAAGAAGAGCAGAGUGUGGUUGUUAUGUAUCAUCUUCUUGGAUCCUGCAUGACCCAAGCCUCCUCAUCCGACAACAUUGCAGAAAACGAAUAUACCUUGACCCUCUCGUCUUCAUCUCCAUUGUCGCUGCCUUCCUCAAUCCCAACCUUCUUUUCAUCUGCUUGCGCCCUAGAGACAUUCCUUACGAAAGCUUUGGCGAUGUUGCUGUCUAUUGAUUUGUCGAGAGUAACUUGGUACGAUCAUAAGUGAUCUCUUCAUACCGCCAUGAAGAUCUGUCCAUGUUCCACCAGGACACAAAAACCUUGCAUUUCUUUUUCACAAGUUCUUGGAUAUGUGGGAACAGAACAGCC